AAAAAAAAAAAAAAAAAAAAAAGAAAAAAAAAAAGCAUUACGGGCAGAGAGGGCUGAAAAGAUCGUCACUCUUUUACUCCCUUUUAAAUAACCUAUGAAAAGGAUAGCGAAAUUAAGUCCCUCAGUUGUCAAUAGGAUAGCUGCAGGAGAGAUUAUACAUCAUCCUUAUAACGCUGUGAAAGAAUUGCUCGAGAAUAGCUUGGAUGCUGGCGCCACACGUAUCCGAAUACAUGUGUCUAACGGAGGUUUCGACCUGAUUAAAAUUAUAGACAAUGGACAUGGCAUUAAGGUGGACGAUAUGCCUUUAGUGUGCGAGCGUUACGCCACAAGCAAAUUGGAGGAGUUUAAAGAUCUCGACAAGAUUGAAACCUUUGGAUUUAGAGGUGAGGCUUUGGCUAGCAUCUCCCAAAUUGCAAAAGUCAUUAUUGUGUCAAAACCACACGAAGAAUCCUAUGGCUAUCAGGCCAUUUAUCAAAAUGGCAACAUUUUAUCAAAACCAAAAAUAUGCGCAAGUAAUUAUGGAACAAUGAUAUCGAUCCACAAGUUAUUUGAUAAUACUCCCAUCAGAAAAAAAGCACUUGGAACAGCCAAAGUAGAAGAAAAUCAUAUAGCCGAUAUCGUAAAAAAAUAUGCUAUACAUAAUCCCAGUGUUGGAUUCUCUUUGCAAAAGGACAACAAAUACAUCAUUUCUGAGACAAAAGCAAAUAAUCACAUGAACAGGAUUCAACAAAUAUUUGGUACAAGUAUCUCCUCUCGGUUAAGGUGUACAAAGUAUUCUGACGGCAAUUGCAAUUUUGAGUUGUAUUUUCAUGAUAUGAAAGACGAAACGCAUUAUAAAAUCGACAACAAAAAUGGCCCUUUUAUUCUAUUUGUUAACAAUCGACUAGUAGAAAAUGGCAAAUUGAAAAGAGAAAUCAAGCAAGUAUAUAACAAUAUCAGAAUAGGCUAUAAGCCUCGCUUUAUAUAUCUUUCCUUAAACGUAAAACCCGUCAAUGUCGAUGUAAACAUUCACCCAACAAAAAACGAGGUCCAUUUGUUGAAUGAAGAACAGAUUACAGAUAGCAUUACUGCAUCACUCCAAUUAGCUCUAGACGAAGGGUUAUCUGAACCUACCACGAUUAAGCCAAAAAAAUCACCGCCUACACCACUUCCUGAGAAAGCAACGCUCAAUCACUACUUCAAGACUGUACCAGCAAGUAUUCCAUCCUCUCCCAGUAGUGAGAGUAGAUCCACGGAUAAUAGUCCCAGAACACCCCCAAAUGACAAGAGGGGACCUUUAGAUGGUUUCUUCCAAAAAAUUGAUAAGGUCUUUACUGAAAAUGAUGAUGACCCUAGUAUCAAUAGGAUUAGCAGAGUAUCGGAACCUAAAGAGAAAACUCCAAUGAUUCAAUCGAAUUUAUAUAUUAGAUCACAGCCUAAAAGAAUUGGAGUGUAUCUUAAAAAAUCUAAUGACAAUGCUAGCCUCGUUUCGAAUCGUAGUAGUAAAACAAGUUUGGUUACUAAGGAGGACCCGCAAAAAUUGGAAAGUAUACUGAUAAUUAAAUCCGAGAUCAGAAAUGCCGAAAAUAAAGAAUUCAGCAAAGUGAUUGCCAAUCAUCAAUGUGUCGGGCUCAUUGAUGAUAUUCUAGUAUUAAUUGUCUUUAAAAAUACUUACUACUUGAUGAAUUACAACGUUAUUAGUGAGGAGUUGUUUUACCAGCUGUUUAUAAACAAAAUUGGCAAAUUUGGAAAAUUAUUACUGUCUACACCCAUUCCAAUAAGUUCAGGUAUAUCACUUUUCGCGCCAGAUAAAACGUCCGAAGAGUUGAUUGAAGCAUGUGACUCCCUUGUUGAACAUCAAGAUUUGCUUAGCUCUUACUAUAGUAUCGGAUUAGCAAGUUCUGAAGACGACCGGGAGGUUUAUUUGACCUAUUUACCAAUGCUUUUGACAAAUUACAUUCCUUCAUUUGAUAAAUUGCCUAUCCUGUUUCAUAAUAUUGCAACUCAGAUUGAUUGGGAGAAUGAAAUUGAUUGCCUGGAUGCAUUGGCUCGUGAACUAUCAUCGUUUUAUUGUUGUUGCUCUAUGGAUCAAUACAGUUACUUGAUACGAGCAGCACGUGAAGGUGAUUUUAAAGCACCCAAGUACUUGAAAAAUGAUUACAUUGUAAAGUUGGAUUUUCCCAAUGAAAUCAUAUCCAACACAGAUGCUUAAAAAAAUAGUAUAUAACAAUUCUUUUUUUUUAUUAUUAUUAUUAUCAGUAUUAAAAUAAAAUAAUGGACGGAAAGGGAGCUAGUUUAUUCGU